CAAUAAUGAAUUCACAAUUAAGAAGGUGUGCAUUUCAACACUAACCACUUUACACCAAGGGAUCCUGAAGUUAUAGACAACUGACUUUGGGAGGUCCUUAAAGUAAAUUAAGGUACUUGUUAAAUGUUAACCAUUGUUUAGACACCAAGCUUCUCAUGUAUUAGUUUUGUAGCAAACAAAUGAGACAGGAAUACAUAAUGCAUGUUGGAUAAUGAGUUGUCUAUCAGCUGGGUGUUUUUCGUGUGUCUAAAAGAACUGUCUCAACUAAGUUAUUUUACAUUUUUGUGAGUGUUAUUUGUUAAAAUAAGCUGUAGCUCACCAAUCAUCAAUCCCCAGAGUAAAAAAGUAAUAGAGACUCAAUUAGACUUCAAUCAUAUGUUAGAGGCUUUCAAUCAGCUGUGUGAAAUGGGAAUUAAUGAGACAGAAUCGCUAAUCCACCUGCUAGCUUAUUUCACUUUCUGCUGUGUGUUUUUUUCACAGUGUCUGUGCCAUGGCUGUGCUUCACACAAAUGAAUGCAGUCUAUCUGUCUUAUUCACUAACCACAGUUCCGGCUCUUCUUAACUGGGGCUUUAAUUUAGUAUACGAAUAAUAAAGAAGCAUCUCAAUAACCACUAAAAUGUUCAAUGUAUCAUUUGUAUGUAUGUAUAUGUAUUUCUGAUCAGUUACUGCAAUUAUCCAUCUUUUACUUAACCAUGUAUGCUACUAUACUACAUAUAAAUAUAUAAAAGUCACCUUAUCUGCUUUUGACAAUGUCUCAUAGGCUUGAAACUGGAAAUAUUGCUUAAUUUAGAGUGAUAUAUUGUUCAUUCAUUAUUUUCAUCUACUUUAAAGCAGUUUUUUGUAAUGUCUGGAAAAAUUGCUAACAGAAUAGCUGUCUGCUCAAAGAUCAGAGUCUUUCAGUGUAUGUUAGAAAGUUUGUUUUUACAAAGACAGAAACAGUCGCUCGGUUUGAGAUUUACUCUUCUUUAAAGUUAGCAACCAAUAAAAACAUGGUAUAUAUAAACUCCAAAAGGCUAUGUUUAAUUAACACAAACAAAUCCACAAAUUAUCACGAAACACAUGUAGAACUGUUUUCUCCUUAGCUGUAAUCCGUCAUUUCAACUUCUAAAAAGUUUAGCUAGCACAAAUAAUCAGAUAAUGCUAAGUCAAACAUAUGUAAGUAGACACUAUGGUGUGUUUGCUCUUGGUGUGGCUGAAGCUGUGACGUUGGGCUCCAUGACGUUAGCAUUAUCAAUGCACCACCACUCUGGAAAGCGAUACGGGACACCACUGUGCCAACCUCCUCAGGUUAGCACUACAGUUGCUAACAUCUUUUAUUAUGCAGCACUUGAUGUGGAUAUACAGCAGGCAUUGUGUAGAGCUCUUGGCUUGUAUAUACUCUACUUACAUAUAUAAAAUAGAUUUGCUUUGUUCUCUGGGUUCUUCUAAUGCCUGGUUCCUCUCACCAAACUCUGAGAAAAGAUGUUUAUUAAAUAAAAAUCUUAAUAGCAAACACUCACAUACCUGGCUGAGCAUGCUCACUGCACGCCCCAUUCCUGUUCAGAUUAUAUUUUAUCUUGAUGAUCAGAGUGUUAUUUCGGACUUAACAGAUCCUGAACUUGAGAAUAUUACACCAGAAAUCUUCCUAGAAAGUCUACUAAAAAACUGCAGAUCUUAAUCAGAUUAUUGUUUAUUUGUAAUAUCUCUCUAGUUAAGUUGUUUACACUUUUGCCAUGCAGCUCGUUGGUUAAACAUCUCUGUUGAAGCACAUCUACACUGGUCAUGAUGUACAGCUUUAAAACUGAGAUGUGCCAUGUUGAUUUAACAAACAAUAAAGCACUCUAAAGCCAUCGGUGUGUGUUGAGUUUCCUUGCAUGAUCAAGUAGGUGAACACAAGACAGCAUGAAGGGCAGGAGGAGGGGAUGAUAGAGGAAUGGAGAAACAUAAGCUGGUGGAGAUGUGCUAGAGGAGGGAGGGAAUGGGGUGAAGGAUAUUUAAGACCUGGAGAUGCUCUCUCCUCAUCCGUUUCUUUGCUUCUUUCUAUCAGUCUACAUCUCUGGCUCUUUGUCACAGACGAAGGAGGCUCUUGAGGAACACUCAGUUUAGUUAAGAAAACUUGUAAAACUGUGAAGAAUUAUGGAGAAAAUGUGAUGCUUGGUCCAUUUUAAGGGAUCUAUGACUGUGCAUGGCUAAAGAACCGAGCACUAACCUGGAGAGCGCCAUGCAGAUGCUCAUCAAGACCUUCCAUAAGUACUCAGGGAAAGAAGGGGACAAAUACACGCUUAGCCGAGGGGAGUUAAGAGAACUACUGACAGAGGAACUGGGAAACUAUCUAGGGAAUGCACAGGACAAGGAUGCAGUGGAGCGAGUGAUGAAUGACCUGGACUCCAAUAAUGAUGGUGAGGUGGACUUCACUGAGUUCAUCAUACUGAUGGGGGCGCUCACUGUGGCCUGCAAUGACUUCUUCCUUGACAGUCCAGCACCCAAGAACAAGCCUGAGUCAAAGGAAGGAGAGAAGAAAGAGUGAUGAGGGGAUGAGAAUAGGAGGAGGAGGAGGAGAGAGAAAUGUUUCAGGUGGUUUCUGUAACCAGGAGUGAUGCUCUGAGAAGAAAACCGUCUGUUUUGAGCUAUUAAUUACUUGAAGUUUCUAAUUAUUAUGCUUGUCAUUACUCUGUGCUCUAAAUACAUGAAGACUUUCAGUAAUUUUGCCCAAACCCAAAUCCAAUUCCCACAGAAGCAGAACAGCACCAUGCAGCUGUAGAGACUUUUGUUUAAAGGAAAUCCAUCUGAAGGUACUAAGAAACAUUUCUUCCAUUUUGAUGACUAUUUUGGGACUUGAUUUUAUUGAAGUUCUGCAUUAAGUCUAAAUACAUGAAAAAACACAGCUCUAGUACUCUGAAAACUUAUUUCUUAAACAUUCCUGAAAUUAAACAUCCCGAAAUGGUUUGGGUUCAGAAAGGGGGAGGGGAGUAAACUGGAAGGACGAUGAAGAGGGAGGGUGAA